UGAGAAUGCAGACUGGCCUGGAGUAAGACUAGGAAGGAAACUUAAAAUAAAUAGGUUAUGUUCUUGUGUUUGUCGCCUGUGAGGAAUUAAAACGCGUGUUCUCGUUAAUGAAUUGUAAAUUGUAAAAACUAUUUAUUUUGAUAAUCCGGUUUACGAAAAAUUCUUAUAAUUACAUACUUUAUAUACACGUUUGUGAAAUAAAUAGCUUAUUUGCUUCCUGAGAAUUGUGUGUACACGAGUUUAGUUUGAAGAAGCAUGGGUAGGAAAGCUAAAUUUACAGAUGAACUUAAACCUAAGAAAGGUAAAGGGAAAAAAUCGAAAAAACAGAAGGAUCCAGAAUUUUCAUCGGCUCUGUUAAACUCUAAAUCUGAUGGAGUCAUAAAAUCCUCAAGUCACAGACAAGCCCAAAGAGCAAAGAAGAGAUUUUUAAAGAAAUUUGCAAAAUCAGAAAAGCGAAUCAAUAAAAAAGGCCAUUUAUUUCCCAAUGAUUCAUUUGGUUCCCCUCCAAAACCCAUACUUAAACACACACCAACAGAAGAAGUGGUUACGGUUAAGAAGUCAAAAUCAAUUACUAAUUUAGAUAAUAAUGAACAUUCUUCUCCAAAAUUUGUUGAGAAACCAGUGUCAGAAAAUAGUAACAAAAAAACUGCAAAGAAAAAUGAAAAAGAAGAAUCUAUUUCUAAAUUAUUUGACUUUGUUAAUUCCUCUGGGAUCAAUAAUAAUUCUGUGAAGAGGUCAAAGAAAUUAACAAAAAAACCUAAUCAGUUUGUAGUGACACCAUCAAAUGUCAAAGUUGAUGAGGUGCAGGAAAUUUCAGUAGAACAAAAUGAAAAGAAGAAAGGAAAAAAGAGGAAGGUGUCUAAAGAAGAAAUCUCAGAAGUUGGGUUUCAAGAAGAGUUGGGGAAGAAACCAAAAAAGAUUAACAUUGAACAGGACAGCCAAGAACAGCAAAAGGAAUGCAAGGCUGCAGAAGGUAACAUCAAAGUUUUAAAAAAACAACAGCAAAAGUUACAAAACGAAAAGAAUAUUUUACAGAAAAAGCAGACUAAAUUAAAAAAUAAAUUGUUGCAAUUGCAAAGUAAACCCUUAAUUACUAAUAAAAACACAAAAAAUCCUUUGAAAGGAUCUGACAAACUCAAUAAGGAUAUUCAAAAUAAGCAAAAAUACGAAUUUAAUAAUUUAAACAAUGCUGAAAAGACCCAUCAUAGUGGACCUGUUAAAUCAAAACAAGACUUGGGAAAGAAGCAAAAUCAAAUGGAAAAUGGAAUACAUAAACACAAAGAUAACAUAAAAGGCUUCACUGAUGAGAAUAAAAGUUGGUUAAAAGUUAAACAGAGUAAGAAACCAUUGAUAGAAAGUAGUGAAGAGGACGACGAAGAUGAUGAUGAAGAAGAGGUAGUGAAAAGUGAAGAAGAGGCCAGUGAAGAUGAUAGUGAUCUGAGUGAAAAUGUUGAAGACAGUAAUGAGGAAGAAGAUAACGCAUCUGAAGUUGAAGACCAGCCAUCAAAAAAGUCCAUGCAUAAUGAAAAGAAAAAGAAAGCAAAAUUUGAGGCUGAAGUAGAAAGUGAAGAAAUGACAGAUACAGCUGAGUCAGAUGAGGAUGAAGAAGAUGGCAGUGAUGAAGAAGAUGACCUUUUACCUGUUGAGAAAGCCGCAAAGAAACUAAAAAAGAAGACACUAAAAGACGAGAAACUAGCAGAAGACGAAAUGCAGCUGAAUGUCGCCAGUCGAGAAGUAUUUGCGUUCCCAGCUGCAGGAGAGAGGGAGAAGACUUCACUUCCUGAGGUGGAGCAGAGGAUAAAAGAUGUCCUUCUUGUACUCUCUAACUUCAACAAAUUCAGGGAGAAAGAUAGGUCCCGCGAAGAAUACCUGAAUUUGUUGAAGCAGGACUUGUGUCAAUACUUCAGCUACAACGACUACCUGAUGGAGGAACUGAUGAAACUGUUUCCGCUCACAGAGUUGAUGGAUUUCCUGGAGUCCAGUGAGAGCCAGAGGCCACUGACAAUACGGACGAACAGCCUCAAGACACGACGUCGUGAUCUUGCCCAGGCGCUGAUAGGUCGAGGGGUGAACUUGGACCCUGUGGGCAAGUGGUCGAAGGUUGGUUUGGUUGUGUAUAAUUCUACAGUACCCAUCGGAGCCACUCCAGAGUACCUGGCAGGCCACUACAUACUCCAGGGUGCCUCUAGUAUGCUUCCUGUGAUGGCUUUAGCGCCUCAAGAGAACGAGAAGGUGCUGGACAUGUGUGCAGCUCCUGGAGGCAAAGCUUCUCACAUAGCUGCAGUUAUGAAAAACACAGGAGUCUUGUUUGCAAAUGAUAUCAAUAAAGAUAGAGGUAAAGCAAUUGUAGGAAACUUCCACCGUCUCGGAGUAAUCAACUCGGUCAUCUGCUCCUACGAUGGUCGUAAAUUCUCCACAGUUAUGAAGGGGUUUGACCGGGUGCUCCUUGAUGCUCCGUGCUCGGGAACUGGGGUCAUCAGCAAGGACCCCAGUGUCAAAACUAGUAAAGAUCCCCAGGACGUGCAGAGAUGUCACACACUGCAACGUCAACUGCUGUUGGAAGCCAUCGACUGUACCAACGCAAAGUCUUCCACUGGUGGCUACAUCGUCUACUCUACCUGCUCUGUCAUGCCAGAAGAGAAUGAAGCUGUGGUUGACUUUGCACUGAAGAGGAGAGAUGUCAAAGUUGUUGAUACAGGAUUGGAAUUCGGUAAUGAAGGAUUUACCAACUACAGGCAUUCCAGAUUUCAUCCAUCAUUGAAGCUUGCCCGUCGCUAUUACCCUCAUACACACAACAUGGAUGGAUUCUUUGUGUGCAAACUUAAGAAGUUCUCUAACAUUGUGAAGAAAACCAAGGAGGAGGAGAAUGAUGAUGAUGAUGAGGAGGAGGAAGAGGAAAUUCUUAAUGAGGAUAUCCAAAAUGAAUAGAAAAUUUUAAGAUGUUAGUGUAGUUAAUGAAGUGUUAUAAUGUACUGGAAUAGAAAAUCGCAUCACUAGUGAAGUAAAUUUAUCAUUUUGGUUUUGUUUGUAAAAAAAAAUAUGAACCAAUACCAAUUGAUUAUCAAUUUUUGAUAUGUAUGGAAAAGGGAAAAUAAAUAAUAUUGAAGACAACAAAAAGAAAGCAUUGAAAUAAGUCUUUUGAAAGGCUUGUUAGUCUACCCAAUAAUGUCAACAGUCUACAGUAAUGGCAAGUAGUCACUUAAACAAGGUAGGAGUACGCCACACCAUGUGCCAUGUAACAGGCUUCUCUGAAGUUGCAUGCAAAAUUAAUUUCAAUUCUAUACCUCAUUUCAUUCCUGAAAUGUCCUGCGGACAAUUAUACAGGAAAUAAAUUUUUACAUCUCUCUGACAGAUAAAAUAAAAUUGUAUCAGUCUCCUGUUCAGGCUUCAGUGGCACUCAGCCAAAUUCCUUGGUUGGGCAUGUAUCAUAGAACUCAUUCUUGUUUAUAUAGAAAUGAAGUUUUAAGCAAAUUGUGGAGAGUACAGAUGAAAUCUAUUUCGAGAUAUCUUUGCAAUGAUACAUUCACAUUUUUGUUUAUUAAGUUUUGUAUCAUAACUGUGUUUAAAUAGUAAAAGUUCCAAUGAGCUACUGCAACACAAGAGUGCACUCAAUCAAAUCUUAUCAUCCACUUUCAUCAUUGAUUUUUCAAUCCAUAAUUUUUGUUUUUACUUUAUGAAUAAAAAUUGUACAUGAUAAAAUCUCAUAUAAUUGUACCGAAUUUAUUAACAAAUUUAUUUAUUCUACUAUAUUGUCAUUACAAUCAUUAUUACCUAUAAGACCAAUGUAUAAAAUAUUUGUGAACGGCCUAGAAAAUCCCAUGGAGUGACAUGCACCAUCAUCAAAGUCAAUGCUGCCUUUAUGGAAAUGAAACUAGGCAAAAUGUAAAUUCUAUAUAGGUCAGUUCUUUUCCAAGUUAUCAUACAGACAGACUGAAAUACAAUUCUCCCAGCCCCUCAAGUGGUAAGCUUAGCUAAUGCUCAGUCAAUAUUUGACUUACAGCAGCCUCGUGACUGAUGAACUUGUGACGAACACCAUUGGCAAACUUUGUGAAAAUCAGUUCACAAUUAUGGAACUAACGGAAUAUUUUCUCCAAUUUUGUUUACUGUAUAAAAAGUUGUAGUGGUAAAGUUUGAUGACUGUAACUUGUUCUUAAAUCUUAACGGAAGGCUUAAAAAAAACCAUACCAAAAAGACAGUAUUGGAAAACUUGUACCAUAGUAUGAGAAGUGUUAGAAUUAAAAUGACAUUAAUGUAUAAAAAUAGAUUAGAAAUGUACUGUUGAAAUGUAUACAGUAUUUUUUUUUUAUUUUGAAAAAUUUGUUUCUUUUUGGACUGCUCAUCCAAAAAUGUGAUGAGCUCUCAUAAUGAAAAAAUCUAGAAAUAGUCAGUCAUCUUUGUAACUGAAUUGUAUUUACUCUAAAUGCAGCUCUUGUAUUGUUUUAAUGAAUGUACAACUAUCUCUUUAAUACAGCUAAAAUUAAAUCAACACUUUUAUUACCAUAAAACCACAGAUAUCAUAUAUAACCAAGUCAGUGGAAAAUAUAAACAGGUCUGUGAUGUUAGUUCUUGGUGCAAUUUAGUAUUUUUAGGAUGUAAUAGUGCACAAUCCUUUUGUGUAUCUUUUCAAGUGUGGUUACUUUCUUCCUGCAAAAGUAUUAUAAAUGGGGGGAAAUGUAGCCUGCUGUUAUUGUGGGGGGAAAUGCUUUUACAAGUGUAUUAAAUUUAGUUUUUGAAAUUCUUGGUAUGGUUUUUCAAAAAUUUAAUUUCAGUUGUGUGUGUAAUUUUCAAACUGCCCCUAACCAUUGUUUUUAUUUUUUAAUACUUAUAAUUUUUAGGUUUUUAGCUUGAUUCUUUCUAUGAAAACUUGAAAUAUUGGCUCUAGUGUUUUUGAGGCAGUGUUUGUUUGCUUGUAGCCCAAUAUGCUCUGUAUUAAACAAUUCCAAAAAGCUCAUGUCUAAAAACAUUCUCCUUUAAAGUACAUAACUUCAGAAUUAGUUUUGAGUAAAAUUGUAACUAAAACUUACAGAUGAAUUAUAUGUAAUGUUAAAAUAUAGGCAUAUUGGUCUAAACCUACAUGUAUGAAUAACUUCAGAUAGCUGUUUGCGUUUUAAAGUUAAAAUAUUUAAGGAUUUUAAAUGUCUAUUUGUGAAUUUUUAUCACAAAUUGAAAGUAUGUCUAAAAAGAGCACUCAUAAUAUUUUGUUUACAUUUUUACAAUUUAUAAUCAGUACGCAGUGUAUAAACUUUUGUAUGAAAUGCAAUUAGAGUAACAAGUAACAAGAGCUAAUCCUUAGGCAGGUGGAGUACGAUAAGCGGACCCGGUUUUUUAUAUCAAAGAAUUUAAUCAUCAAUACCUAAUAUUUGUAUCUUGAAACCUAGACUAUCAAUUGAUAUAAAAGUAUCUACAGUCCUCAAUAACAAUCAUAAGUUUAAAAUUAAAAUAUGAAUUUAAUAUUUACAGUGAUACCAUAAGUAAUAAAUGAACCAGAACGAGAACGAUCAAACAAAUUACUAAAACAAAAAAUAGGAAAACUCAUAAAUAAUUAAGAAAUUAUAACAAACAUUUAGAAUAGAAAAAUAAAUGAUAACAUAACAAUAAUUAGAAUAGAAAAUGGAAACUUGUCGAAUCUAUAUGUUUUCUCCUGGGUAGCAAUUUUUAACUGCUUUUAGGAAAUGGUUGAACACAUCCUCUUCAAAAAUUUGUACCUCUCUUCUGUAUAAAUAUUCAUAGAGAUGCGAGAAGGUUGGCCGGUAUACCACUUUUUAAACUGUGUUUUACGGCUCUCCACAAGCUUUCAACUGUCUGAGUGUUGACACCAGUUGCUGGGUCUAAAAGGUUUUCACUAUGAUUGACGGUAUAAUGGACAAAACCACAAUCACUUAAUCCAAAAUACGCUUUCCAUAUGUCUGUGACUAUGGUUGUUCCAGACUUUACAAGUUUUAAUAUGAGAGGAAUAAGGGUUUUAGCAUCUCGUUUGUUUUCAGGACAAAUCUCAAUUCUAUACCUACCCCCAUGUUUUUGACCUUUUGGUAUAGUUUCAAUUAAACCUAGAAUCCAGGUUCCUUCUCCAACCUCCCUUUGUUAUAUUUCCGUUUUCCAAUUUUGCACUCAUCAAUUUCCACCACCACUCCAGGACCUCCAAGCUUGUCUUCCCUAUUGAACUGUUCAUUAAUCCACACAAAACAAACCUCCCUGCAAAAUGACAUCCAGUUAAACAUCAUACUUCUUGAUGGGCUGUGUAAAUCCGAACUAAACUCAAGAAUUAAAAAAUCAUAGUUUGUCUGAUUUCUGGAUAAUAAGUACAUUAAACUCACAAUAUUGUGCAGUCCGAACUUUGAUCCUUCAAAGAAACUUUUAUUCAGUGCGUUUUUACUAAAAUUGUGUCCACCAUUACCUCUAAGUCUCUAAGAAGGAAGACUUGGAGUCCCUCUUCAGGGAGUGCCCCUUCUUGAGAAACUUCCGAGUUAUUUUUAAACCCGUUUCUUGUGAUGCCAACAAGAGGGCAUUGGCUACCAUACAGUUUCGCUUUUGAUAGGUACAUCCGUCACUGUAAAAGAUGACAUGAUCGUAUUUGUUUCUGUCUAUUUGGGUUUUGGUGAAGUUACACAGAAUACUUGCAAAUUUGUCUGCAUUCACGCACCUUCAGACUCAUCCCAAAGGUAGCAGUAUCCAUCCAAUGUAUUAAGAUUGAAUAUUGUGAAAUUGUGCACCUUCAACUUCAUGCGGUAAUGUAAGGCUGAAGCUUUCAAAUCUGGGCUAAGCAACACGACUUGCAUGUCCAUAGUGAAUACCCCUGUCUUGCUGUCGGGAUUGUCAGCAGUGGCUUUGUCAUUUUCUUUUUGUUUCCUGGCCGCUUCUUUGCGGGCUACAUGAGCUGUGUAUGUUUGUUAGGUCAAAUUCCCUACUUUAUAAGCACAACAUACGUCGCACUGAUCUUUCUUUGGUUGGAAUAAGCUCAAAUUACACUCGUCAAAAGUUUCAAGGACCAGGCAAAUCGAUGUUUUGAUGUUUUCUUUAUCCUGUGGUUUGCAAAAGCUCUCAUAUACCCUGUAUAAUAGCUCUGCUUUAGAUUGCCACUUAGGCUCCAAGUAUAGCUUGGAACUGUCUUUCCGGCAAUAGUGGGACUCUAGUUUGGGCAGUGCUUCAAAAAUGAUUCCACUAAAGCCUUUUUAGCUUUAUCAGUUUCACUCUUUCUUGUGUUGAGUUGGUCUCGCUCUUCAUCCGUUACCUCAUCUUCAUUAACUAGACCUUGCUCAAAACUCUUUCUUACCCAAUUCGAUACUGCCCAUGCUCCGACACAUAGAGUCUGGAGGAACAUUCUUUUACAAACUUUUACUUUACUCUUCAUAUUUUUAGGAUUAAGAUAAUAUAACAAAGGUGUUCUUUUCUUCUUUCCUGCGUAGAACGGAUUUUACUUCAACUAAACCCUGGACAAAAACCUUUUUUUCUCCAUGGGUCAGGGACCAAAAUCUUUCUAACAUUUGUUGCCUCUCAUCGUCAGAAAUCGUACUGCAUUUAAAUUGCGUCUUAGGAGUGACUUUACACAAGCAGCGUGCUUUGAUACGCUUUGCCCCUUUUUUGACAUUAAACACAGUUUUCCCUUUUUCAUUUUUCCUCCUACCGAAAUACUCUUCUCCCUUUGACCUUUUGAUAUGAUUUUUCCGUUGUUCCCAACAACUGUCUUUUAUUGCUCUUCAACGUCGACUUCUUUUUCUUUUAGGUAGGCCAAUUAUUUCUUUGGCUGUUUCAGUAGCCUGAGCUUCUUGAUCUCCGUCAGUUUCGGAUGAACUAAGUCGCUCAGCUUCUUCUAAGUCGUUAUCUGGGACGUACUCAAUGUCUUUUUCAUUUUCUUCAUAGUUAUUCUCUACUUCAACUUCCCCUUCAAGGGUUUCUUCAACAAGUUCCAUUGCAACAACUACAAUAUUAUUGAUGUUCUGUGCAUUAUGUACGUCUUCAAAUAAGUUGUCAACAAUGAAAAUACUGCUAUCCAUUGCAGAUACAUCUUUCUCCUCGCAUCCGAUAAACUCUUAUCAGGAUGUCAUCUGAUGUUGGUUUUUCAUUCUCAGUAGCUGUUUCAUUCAGAAACUUGUCCCCGCCUGAAAAAAAAACACAAUAAUGUAGCCUAAACAUUACAAUCAUGGUACUUUAAGAUUUCAAUGUAUGUAUAUA